AUGCUGGUGGUGUUGUUAGGAACGGUGUUGAGCCUUGGCAACACCAUAGCAGGCUCCACUUUCAAUUUAACUGUUCCUCACAGCCCGAUUCCAGUCCAGCUGGGUUCCUCUGCCACUCUGCCCUGUCAGAUCAACCCUCCUCUUAAUGCUGUACCGUUCCAAGUACGCUGGUACAGAAACGAUGAUGUUGAUAAUCCUGUUCUCCUCUACGAGAACCAGAAGAUCCAAGAGACACCUACAGACCCUCAGUACAGGGGGAGAGCAUCUCUGAUAGGAGACCUGGAGAAGGGAGACGUGUCUCUGAAACUGGAGAACCUCACCCUGGCAGACAGGGGAGAAUACACAUGCUUUGUGAAGAGUGCUGCCUGGUAUGAAAGAGCCAGUGUGUCACUGAGCAUGAAAGGAAAAUCAUAA